UGACAUCAUCAGUUUAGGCGUGCUUUUACAAAAUGGCAUCGGGAGGAUGACAUCACCUAUUCCUGUUUGGGCAUGUUAUUUUUCAAAAUGGCGUCUGCCUUAUUACAUCUUUAUGUGCUUCCGCUUAGGCGAACGAAUACAUUUUUCUGUGGACCAAUCAGAUUCUCUGAAUAAUGGACCAACCGCCUCUUAGCCAAUCAGCAUUCAGAUGAAAUAAAGAGUUCCUACCUGAUAUAGAGUUGUCACGAGAAACGUUCAGCAUUUCUUUCCCUGCUCUCGCCUUGAGUGUACGCACAUUUUUUGCUUGGACGAUCCUUGUUAUUUUCUUCAUCGGACUUUUAUCUGUUUCUUCUCCGCUUCGAAUAUGGAUCAGCUAGGAAACAACAACGCUGCAGAGAUGGAAAAUCUAUUGGAGAAAGAAUCCAUGCCUUUGAAUGAUAAAGUGUUGAGCCAUGAUGUUCCAAGAGAAUCAGAUAGCUCUUGUGCCAAAAGAAAAGCAGAAGAAACAUCCCAUUUCGAGAAAAAACGCAAAGGACUCUUUACCGAAGAGGCUAUUCCAAAGGAACUCACUCACAUGGGAAACAAUGUCUUUGUGGGACCCAGCAUUUACAAGGGAAAAGUGACUGUGCACAUCCGAGAGUAUGCUAAAUAUGGUAAAGCUUACUAUCCGACAAGACGAGGAGUAAACUUUGAGCCAUGGUGUUUGAAUGUUCUCGUAACCAUCAUGACAGUGGAGGAACCAGACCUGCUGACACUCAAUUUGGAAUUGCCCAAGAACAUUGUAGUUACAUAUAAAGAUGACUACUUCACUUUGACUCAACUCUCUUCGACAGGAGAGACAAAAUGUAGCCUCAGCAUUACGACUGCGCAGUGGGAAGAACUGCUAACAAACUUUAGCCGUAUCAGUGACAUUGUCACCAACCUCGUUUAUCAAAGCAUGAACUUUUGUGAAGCUUAUGAAAGCGUAUCCGACGAACCUAUUAGUGAGGAAACUCUUCCAGAAUCCUUCUAUCUUUCUAUGGGAAAAGCAUGCCUUCAAACUGAAGCAAGGAGAAGAGCUUCUUCAGCAGCAAGGAGAACUAAAACAUCCCAAGCUCAUAGACUGUGAAGAACUCGCUGUUCAUAAAACAGAAACUGUGAAUUCACUUGCUGUGAGAUUACAUCCUAUAGACAUUGCCAGAUAAUUUUAUGGAAAUAUUUGGGGUGAAGAACCCUAUUUAAUGUUAUUGAAACCUGCUCACUAUAUCACCAAGGACUUUUUAAAAUCUGUAUGUUUAACUGAUGUAUUAAACGAAGUAAGAGAAACUUUUAACAAACUUAGAACAGUAUGGUGCCUUUGGUACUGAA